AUGAGCAAUUUAUUUUAUUUACCGUUUUCAUUUUCUAUAUAUUCACAAGCAAUAAAAAAUUUAUUACAACACAGAAUUAAUAUUCAAUUAAAUUCCAAUGAAGACAAAUGGUCAGAAAAAGCAAUUAAAGGUUUAAUUAAACAUUUAACUAAAACAUCUAUGAUAGAUGAUUUACAAACAGCAUUAGCCACAAAAACGUCACACACCCGUUGUGUUACGAUUCCAAGAGAUGCACAAAACAAACUAGUUGAGCCAAAUCCAUCAACAAUAGUACGGAGAGCAUUUAGUGAUGCCACACCAAUUGUAGCUUUUUGUCGUAUAUGGCGUUGGCCUGAUUUAAAUACACAUCUUGAAUUGCGACCAGCCGAUACGUGUCCAUAUGUAUUUCAACAUGAAAAAGAUCAAAUAUGUGUUAAUCCUUAUCAUUAUGAACGAGUGGUUGCACCAUUUAUUCCACCGGUUUAUGUAUCAGUUUCCGAUCGAUCUGCAUUUAAUUCAACGACUAGUGAAUAUCGUCGUGAACAAUUAGAUUCAAGAAUUCCUAUGGAUUGCGUAUCUGAAUCUGAUCAACAACGUACAUCUAUAAAUAGUCCAGCAAAUAUACAAGAUAAUGCUGAAGCUAUGACACCAAAAACAGCAGUAUCCUACGUUGAAACACCAUUUUGGUGUUCAAUACUAUAUUAUGAAUUAAAUCAACGCGUUGGUGAAAUAUUUCAUGCGUCAUUAAAUUCACUUGUUGUUGAUGGAUUUUGUGAUCCAAAUGCAUCCGAUAGAUUUUGUCUUGGAUCAUUAACCAAUGUUAAUCGAACAUAUGACAGUGAAACAUGUAGAAAAUUGCUUGGAAAUGGUGUCAGACUCUAUUAUAUUGGCGGUGAAGUUUUUGCUGAGUGUCAUUCGGAUUCACCGAUAUUUGUGCAAAGUUCAUGUUGUAAUCAAAGAUUCCAAUGGCACCCAGCUACUGUUUGUAAAAUACCACCACGUUGUAAUUUGAAAAUCUUUAGUACUACAGAAUUUGCACGGAUUUUAUCUAAUACAAUUCAAUAUGGCUACGAAGCUGUGUAUAAUCUCACACGAAUAUGUGCUAUUCGUAUGAGUUUUGUGAAAGGAUGGGGUGAAGAAUACCGUCGACGCACAGUGAUGAGUACACCAUGUUGGGUAGAAAUUCAUUUGAAUGGUCCAAUGCAAUGGUUAGAUAAUGUUCUUCAACAACUGCCAGCACUUGAUACUAUGUCUAGCAAAUAA